CGCAUUUUGAUAUUGAUGUUUAAUUCAUACUUGUUCAAACAUCAAUUUAUUCCUCGUAUGUUCUUGAAAUUUUAAUGAGGACAUUUUAUUUAUGGAGUGAUGCUAGCCUUGCAUUUUGCAUAAAAGUAAUAUCAUACAUUGACUAAUUGAACUCAAAUAUGCCAUUUUAGACUCAAAACUAAUUGAGUUCUGUGACUAGUACAUAUUGGUUUUGAUUAAGAAAUUUCAUAUAUAACAAAAAGGAGAGAGCAUGAAUUAUAUGAUAAAAAACUCUCAUUUUCAAGAUAUGAAUUUACUUAUGAUUGUUUAUUUGCAUUUUAUCUAGAAAUGACUGGUCCCACUAGACUUGAAUUUGACAUCUUGGACUCAGAAGGACUUGAGUACCAUCGAUGGGUUUCUGAUGUAGAAAUGGCUUUCGUGGCUAAAGGCUUCUCUGCCACACUUAAAGACCCUAGUGAAUUGAAAGAUGCACCAUCAGAAAAAAAGUGAAAGCAAAUGCUUUAAUGUUCUUAAGGCGACACAUUGACCCAAGUUUAUGUUGGGAAUAUCUUCAGUUGAAAACCCCCGAAGAACAGUGGGGUCCCUUAAGGGACGCUUUGGGAACAUUCAUGAUACUCCGCUCGCAGAACUGAAUGUGCAAUGGAAUGAAAUCUGUUUGCUAGACUUUCUUCAUUCUCUCCAUGCAUGAUGUUUUGGAAAUUUCUUUUAUGUUUCUGCCGAUUUCCUAAGAGUGUUUUAAAGACUAUUUAUUGUGUUUUUUAGACUAUGUGGAAUUGUUUUAAAUUUGCAUUCAAUUUAAAUAAAUUAAGGGAUUUAUGCCCCUAUUUUUAUAUGCAUUGUGUGUUCCAGUUCUAUAUGCAAUUCUCUCAUUACACAGGCAUGAAUCGAGGUGAACUUGAGUGCUUAAUAGAUAGUGGGACUACCCAUACCAUUUUGCGAAAUAGGCAACUAUUUGUUAACUUGGUAGCCUAUAAUUCAUCUGUGACAACAAUGAUUGGUUCGUCACAUGUAAUUCAAGGACGUGGCACUGCCAUUUUC